AUGGAGCUAGAGACCUCAGUUUAUCGACCAAACGUCGCCGUCUAUGACUCCCCCGAUGGUGUGGAGGUUCGAGGACGUUACGACCAAGUCUUCGCUAAGAUUCUGACAAGAGAAGCUCUUGGGUUUGUAGCUCAGCUACAGAGAGAGUUUCGUGGGCAUGUGAGAUACGCCAUGGAGUGCCGUAGAGAGGCAAAACGCCGUUACAACUCUGGUGCUGUCCCUGGGUUUGACCCUUCCACUAAGUUCAUCAGAGACAGUGAAUGGCUUUGUGCCUCUGUCCCUCCAGCUGUUGCUGACCGGAGAGUUGAGAUAACCGGUCCGGUCGAGAGGAAGAUGAUCAUCAAUGCUCUUAACUCUGGAGCUAAAGUCUUCAUGGCAGAUUUCGAGGAUGCAUUGUCUCCGAGCUGGGAGAAUCUGAUGAGAGGGCAAGUCAACUUGAAAGAUGCUGUCGAUGGAUCCAUUACCUUUCACGACAAGUCAAGGAACAAAGUUUACAAGCUCAACGACCAAGUUGCUAAGCUUUUUGUCAGACCACGAGGCUGGCAUCUCCCUGAGGCUCACAUCCUUAUCGACGGUGAACCAGCCACUGGAUGUCUCGUCGACUUCGGUCUUUACUUCUUCCACAACUAUGCCAAAUUUAGACAGACUCAAGGUUCUGGUUUCGGACCGUUCUUCUAUCUCCCCAAAAUGGAACACUCUAGGGAAGCAAAGAUUUGGAACAGUGUGUUUGAGCGAGCUGAAAAGAUGGCUGGUAUUGAGAGAGGAAGCAUUAGAGCCACGGUGCUGAUCGAGACCCUCCCUGCUGUUUUCCAGAUGAAUGAGAUAUUAUAUGAACUUCGUGAUCAUUCGGUGGGUCUAAACUGUGGAAGAUGGGACUAUAUCUUCAGCUAUGUCAAGACCUUCCAGGCUCACCCUGACCGUCUCUUACCAGACCGUGUCCUAGUUGGUAUGGGCCAGCAUUUCAUGAGGAGUUACUCUGAUCUUCUCAUCCGUACUUGUCACAAGCGUGGUGUCCACGCCAUGGGUGGCAUGGCUGCUCAGAUUCCGAUAAGAGAUGACCCGAAAGCGAAUGAAAUGGCAUUGGAACUAGUGAGGAAAGACAAGCUAAGAGAAGUAAGAGCAGGACAUGAUGGGACAUGGGCUGCUCAUCCAGGACUCAUCCCAAUCUGCAUGGAUGCAUUCAGCCACAUGGGGAAAAAUCCAAACCAAAUCAAAUCAAUGAAGCGAGAGGACGCAUCUGCUAUAACAGAGGAAGAUCUGCUUCAGAUACCGCGAGGGGUGCGUACACUGGAGGGUCUAAGGCUGAACACACGUGUGGGGAUCCAAUACUUAGCCGCGUGGUUAACAGGAUCAGGAUCUGUCCCACUCUAUAACCUGAUGGAAGACGCGGCUACGGCUGAGAUAAGCCGUGUUCAGAACUGGCAGUGGAUUAGGUAUGGAGUGGAGUUGGAUGGAGACGGGCUUGGAGUUAGGGUGAAUAAGGAGUUGUUUGGGAGAGUUGUGGAAGAAGAGAUGGAGAGAAUCGAGAAAGAAGUUGGGAAAGAUAAGUUUAAGAGAGGAAUGUAUAAGGAAGCAUGCAAGAUGUUUACAAAGCAGUGUACUGCAGCUGAGCUUGAUGAUUUUCUUACACUUGCUGUUUAUGAUCAUAUUGUAGCUCAUUACCCAAUCAAUGUGUCAAGGCUCUGAAAGAAGAAAGAUGAAGAAAAGAAGAUGCAAGGGAGAGAGGGAGGGAGUUUGAGAUAUGAGUUUGUGCUUUUGUUUAUGUGUUCUUUUCUCAUUUGCUUUAUGUUUUUAUAUGUUGGUAUAUUGUAAUAAGCAGAACUUGUUGUUUUAUUUUCAGUUUGAAAUAAAAUGUUC